AUUGUUUCAAAAUCCUUCGAAUCUCUUGCCCAAACACAAAGAGGCCUGAUUCACACCUUGUCCAAGGGAUUUGCACCAGAAAAAUCAAUGAAAUCUAACCCAGAUUUCAGCCCUAAAUUUGAUGAAUGUCAUUGUUGUGCAAUCUAUGUUUAAGAUCGGAACAUGCUCUGAUACCAUGAUAAAUUUGAUCAAUUAUAGAGAAGAUAAGAGAAAGAAGAAAAUAUUAUUGAGGUACAAUUAGCCAGAACAACAUAAUAGAAAAAUACAGGUCUUUAUAUAGUGGGACAACAUAAAAGAAAACAAAUGACUAAGCUACCCCUAAGUCUAAAUAUGCUAACUACUCUAACUGAUACAUCUCCUAAAUUGCAUAAAAAAUCAGGCAGUACUCUAUGUACAGAUCUUCCCGCUUUCACAUAUCUGAAAAGGAAAAAAUAAUUUAGGAUGAGUAUCAACAAUUCAGUAGAAUAACUCAAUUUCCAAGUAAACGAGUUUAAAAAUAUAUAGUUUGGCAUGAUUGGGUAAAAGCAAAAUGAGCAUUUGAUACACAUAUACAAGUGAAAGCAUCAUUUUGUGUAAAACAAUAUCAUCUAAGUAAAGUUGAAUACCAAAGAGUUUAGAAACUUCCAGUACAGUGUUACAUCGGUGGGCAACAUCCUAAUAGAUCACUCGAGGUCAAUACGAACAUACGAUCCAACCUGUUGGGGGACUUGCACCUCGAGGAAGAUACUCUCCCUAGUCAAAGUUUAGUGCCAAUUAAAUUUUAGGUCCAUUAGGGUUUUACAGAAGAGAGUGAGAAAGAAGAAGAAAAAUAAGAGAAGAUAGUAGUGUGUUAAGUUACACAGCUACAUCCCAAUAUAUAUAUCAACAUUAAAGUAUCAAAAAUACCCUUAAGGGUUACAUUCUAAAUAACAUAACAUAACACUCCCCUUUAAGUUGGUGUAAAUGUCUCUCAUACCCAACUUGCAAAUGAUAGGACGAAAAUUGUUGGUAUCCUUGUUGGUAUCCUUCUAUCACAUAAUAUACCAAAGGCUUUCCUCCAUUUUUCGGAAUAAUUAACCAAUAAUCUCUAAUUGGACCUCUUUUUGUUCAUAAAUCUGCUAAUACAUAUCAAUUUCAUUCCAUUCCCAUGAUGUUCAUCUUCUUUAUUUGUUUGGCUUUGUUCUAAAAUUUUUUAUUCUUGUUGUUAUAUUUUUGUGCAACUAUUUCAUUUUUAAGAUUCUGUUUAAAGGAUUGAUUGUACAAUUAUGAAACCUUCGCUUGAAGUUGCUAUCAUAUUUUUCUUGUUGAUAAAGUAUUUAAUGGGCUCAUUCUUGAGAUUGAACUAAUUGAUCUAUUUUUCUAUUGUUGAACGUUUUUCAUAAAUAGUGUCAUACUUUCUGGUGGAUAUAUUCAAGAUUAGAAUAUUUACUAAAUUAGAAAAUUUAAAUCAAUAAAUGGUUAUACUUCCAUAAAAAUCAAUUGCAUUACAAAGCUCAAGAACAAUAGCAUAUUAUAAAUAAGAGAUAUUUUCUAAGUUUUGUUCAUCUUCCAAAUCACCUAUAAUAGCAAUAACCUUCCCUAAUGAAAAAAAAUUUGAAUUAGAUUAAAUCGUAUGAAUCAAAAUAUAAAAUAAGCAAACUAUCAAUCAAUGAAAGAAUUUAAUAAUUUCACCGAUGUGUCAACAUUUGCCUAUGGUAAGCCAAAAAAAAAUCUGAAAAUACAGUAUGCAUAUAUGGAGAGAGAGAGAGAACAGUAGAGCUUUAGGAAUUCUUCUUAUUUGUGUACAUAUGAUAUGUUUUUAUUUGGGUACAGUUGUUGGCAGCUUUGACAACAUCAGCAUUGCAUUAAUGAGAGAGGUAGUGAGCUGGCAGCCGUAGAGUUCUAGGGCUUUUCCAUUGUGUGGAUGUGAUCUUUUUAUUGGUCUUGAUGCGACACUUUAAGCUGUCGACAGGCAUCGUAAGAUGAGAAUAAGGCAUUCAUGAAGAGAUAUAAAGAAAGAGAUGAUCCAGUUGUUUCAGGCCUAUUUUACAGUUUUAGUUGUGUGGGUUUGAUAUUUUUUGGGCCUUUUCCAUAAUUUCUUUGUGGGUCAGAUUACUGCCAAUUCCACAACUAGUUGAUCAGUCUUCUUAUUUUUGGGCCAAAUUACUUGUUAUUCCAAUAUUUUUUGGGCCUUCAUCUGUUUUAUUUGGGGCCCCUACUUAUUUGAAGUCCCACGGCGACCAUUUUAAUGGCUUAGCCUAAGGGCCGGCCUGCCAAUAUGCAACCUUUCAAUUUCAACCAAAUUUGACGAGAAUUGUGACAUGUGCCUAUUUUGUGAGUUGGUAUUGUUCAAAUAUGUUUCCCACCCAACUUGGAAUGUUAAAAAGGCAAAAAGUCCAUCGUAAUGCCUUGAAAAAGCAGAAAUGCCCCUCUCCUUCGAUUUCCUACCCUCCUCAUCUUGUUUUUCUUCUAGCAAAUUAUUUUCCAAACUCCCGUGGUUGCAUUGAUUCUGGGACUAAUUUUUAGCAGAACCAGUUGCCUGGUUCCACAGGCAGUCCAUGUUUCAAAUCUUUUAUCUAUUUGUCAAAGCAUCACAGUAUAGCAUACACCAUAAAGAACCUAAAAUGGAAUGAAAAAUAAUCUAACACGGGGUAUCUUGUCCAUUCAUAUCAUGGUAAACAGCUGCAUAAGCUUCAUACUGUCACAGCAGGUCUAUCUGCACCUACUGCAGCCAAAAGGGUCAUGAACAUGAUGUCAGUAGUCAGAAGUUGAGAACUAGCCAUGAGAAUACAUGUGCGUGUGGGUAUGCAUGUGUGUGAUAGAGAUGAAGAGGCGCAGAGAAAAAGAGAGAUGGGUGUAAUCAAAAGAUGAAAGAAAAUGGGUCCUUUGACUAGUUUCGUUAAUGGUGAUAGUUGUAUAGAUUGGUCCAAAUUCAUGCGAGUGUUGUGGUUAUAUUGGAGUGAUAGGAAUGAAGGGUUAUGGGACCAAACCACGUGGGUGUAAAAUGGAACUUGCGCCAAGUUUUUGUUUGAAAUUUAAGUUGAUCAUUAUUUGAUUUAUGAUCAUUUAUCCUUAUGUACUCUCCUCCCCUUCCCUUCUUUCCCUCUUGCCCAAGCCUGAAUCUGAAAUUUAUGUUACCCUUUUUGGUGUCUGGAUGACCUACUUGUUGAUGUUUUUUCUUCUUAUGAACAGCUAGUUCUUGAUUACAACGACAUAAUGAGAAUCCCUGUGCUUAAUGACUACAUAAGAAGAAGUAAUGAAGAGAUUGUGAGGUUGAGGGCAGAAAAGGGUGGGGAGGUCGCCAACCAAUAUUUCUAUCCUCCGGGCCUUCUGCCAAAGUUACCUGGACGAUUUUACUAUCUGUUUGGAAAGCCUAUACAAACAAAGGGAAGGGAAAAGGAGCUGAAGGACAAAGAAAGUGCAAACGAGCUGUAUUUGCAUAUUAAAUAUGAGAUUGAAAGCAACAUGGCUUAUUUGAUUAAAAUGCGUGAGGAGGAUCCCUAUAGAGGUAUCAUUGAUAGAACUGUACAUCGGGCAGUUUCUGCUUCUGUAGAUCAAGUUCCAACUUUUGAACCAUGAAUGGCGAGCUUUAGGGUAUAUUCUUUUACUCCCUAAUAAAUUACAAGCACUGUUUAGGAAAAUUGAUUUAUGAAUCUAAUACAUGCAAGGGAUGAUGAGAAACAUAUGAAUCAAGUGAA